CUAGAGAAGAAAGAAACCAAAGAUCAAAGCCCCCAAAAACCCUCCUUUUUUUUGUUUUUGUUUAAUUUUGCCGCGGAUCUGACGCCCAGCGAAUCGUAGAUCCAUGGAGGGAGUUGGGGCCCGGACGGGUCGAACCUCGACCCGCUACGGACCAGCCACGGUGUUCAAUGGCCCGGUCAGGAAGUGGAAGAAGAAGUGGGUCCACGUAGCUCCUCCUCCUCAUCACACCUCUCACUCCCAUCAGAUUAACGCCCACAACCACAGCAAUGGCACCACCCCUAACGGUAAUAACGGUUCCCACCUCCUUCUUUUCAAGUGGGCCCCUAUCACCCAAAGCCAAAACGCUGCUGCCGCCAAUGGCAGCGCCGCCACUAACUAUGACAAGGUGGAUGAGGUGGAGGAGCCGCCUCGCCGCAGAUUCAAAUACAUUCCGAUUGCUUUAUUAGAGGAACAGCAAAAUGAGGCUGCAGAACAGGUUGAAGAAGAAGCUAACUUGAUAGAUACUGAGACAGCUGAAACAGAGGCAACCGCCAAGGACGAGGGUUUAGUUGAAAAACCUGACAUUAAUGAUGUCCCUAUGGAAGAAAAUCAGGACAAUAAUCAGGUAGUAUGUCAAGAUCUGAAUGAAAGCACUUUAGAUUUAAGUUUGGGCUUGAAUGGACAUGACAGUGAUGAUGGUUCUGCUAUGAAAACUGAUCAAACCAGAAAGGGGUAGUUGCCAGCUGCAGAGGUCAUUGGUUUUUUGACACUGAGAAUGUUAAUUUCUUGGUGCCGAAAUCGAUUACAAUUCUUUGGCACAUAGAGAAAGUGAAAUGUACUAUUAGAAUUCUUCAUUUGAAUGUUUCAUUGUUGAGUGGAUUGAUUGCAGAUUGCACCCAUUUGGUAUAAGUUGCAAUACCCAUUUUUUUCAGCAUUAAAAUGAUAGAACCUUUUGUAAUGGGAUUUGACUUUUUAAUUUUGAAACAAGAUUUAUGAUAA